AUGCCGGCCGAUCAUGAUAUAACAGACCAAGCCCAAGAUCAGCCCUCCUUCACGAUAACAGAGCCCACUUCAUUGUACCCCGAUCGUGAGUAUGUCAUUCACGACUCAUGUCUGCUGUUCCUCGAAAAGACAGUCCAUUCUAGCUCGUUCCCUCUCCAGCGGCUCUACGAAGUCCUCGCGUCGCUACCUUACUCAGAAAUCUACCAGACGGUCGAUUGGGGACGUGACCAUGGCAUGCGUGAUGUCGAGAAUGAAUGUGGCUACGAUCCCUGGUUGAUCCGGCUUUCUCCUGAUCCAGAACACCCGCUGCGGCCGUACUCAACAUUCGACCCUCUCCGGAGUCCGCAGGUUGAUGAACUGCUUUCGAACUCUGCAAUGGGGCGGAGCGAAAUAGUAACAGGAGAACUCCCGCGGCUAAAUACUGAAAUCAUUAACAUAGGCGAUGACCAGCUUAAUCCGUCGGACCGUUUCCUGAGGCUGCCGACCGAGAUCUGCUGCUUGAUUGCCCAAUACUUGCCGACGACAGAUGUGGCAAACAUCCGUCUUGUGUCGAGGGCUUUCCUGUCCUCAUUUGAUCACCAGUCCUUCUGGGCCUCUAGAUUUCACCAGUUUCACGAACGUUCAUGGCUUUUCGAGGCCCUGGAUACGAAAGAUCGUCUCGACUGGCGUAGGUUGUAUGACUUGACCCGAUAUGCGUCGAUCGACAAGCAUCUCAAGAAUCGACGAAGAAUCUGGGAACUGGUUCCAAUGAUUCUAGGCACACUUCAGCUUCGUUGGCACGGCCAAAUGGAUCGCACUGCUCCCAUGGACGCCGAACACAGUCUUCGCAUGGUCGCAAGGUGCCACAAACAACGCCCAGGAUUCGAUAUCCGGGAGGUGUCCCGCAUCCACCUCCUCCACAAAGUCCCCAUUCCUGCACGCCUGUCGCAGAUUAGUGUAAGCUUCACGAGGCUCGGUGACGCGAAAUAUGUUUGCGGAUUCACGUUCUGGCCAGCAGACGAUCCGCCUUGUCAUAUGGGAUACGAAAGUCAUGACCAAGAAUGUGUGAACUUGGAGUGUUUUGACGGCAUAAUUCUCACAACCACGAAGCGAGGCGUCCGGGCUGUACGGUUUCUCAGCCACAGCACAACUCCUUGGCUUGGGCAGACGGGAGGCUUUACGUCUUACUCAAAGCUUUCCACUGAGCGGGGAGUAAAAGUGAUUGAAGGCGGGUUUGACGGCUGUAAGAUGAUUUCUCUGGCCAUUUCCGAGGCCGAGUCCUGA